GUCAAGACUGUGUAUAACAAUCUUGGACAUAAAGGAGUCUACUCUGUCCAGGCUAGACUUCUUGACUGCUUCUGGUGGCCUAGCCUUGGACCUGACAUCAAGUACUACAUCUGCACCUGCCACAAAUACCAACUCUGUCAGACAACUCAAAUCCUAAUCCCUCCCAGUGUUCUGAAGAUUGCCUCAUUAUUUGCAAAGGUACACAUUGACACUAAGUUCAUACUGAAAGCGGGAGGUGUGUGCCCAGAACUCGUUACUGACAACAGAACCCUGUUUGUUGCUGCACUAGAUUGGCUUCACAACCAAUACCACAUCAAUCACAUCUGUAUUAGCACAUACAACUCUCAAGCUAAUAGUAUUAUUGAACACUGCCACUUUGACAUACAGGAAGCCCUUAUGAAGGCUGCUGAAGGGAAUGAACUACAAUGGUAUGAACACACACAUUCUGUCUUUUGGUUGGAUCGGAUCACAAUCCAUUGCACAACUAGCAUGUCCCCUUAUUUUAUUGUCCAUAACAUUGAACCACUUCUCCCAUUUGAUAUCACAGAAGCAAUGUAUCUUACUCCAGCACCAGACAAACUCAUGACAACAACAGAACUCAUUACAACUCAAGCAUGUCAACUACAGAAACGUCUGGCCAACCUUUAA